UCCUAACAACGCCAAGGACACAAUUGCAGACAACGUCGAGAGCUGCAUAUGAGCUGAAGUCUGGACGAUAAUCUUCUUUCCCCAUUCCACUUCCUGUAGUCUCCCCUUUGUUUUCCCGCCAUGGCGCUGCAAGCAGGGGUUUCGGUCGGCGUGCAGGCCUUCGGUAGAGCGGUGUCGCCGUCACCGGCUGCCCUGCAAAACGUGAAGCUAAUAGCCCAGGCCAUGACGGACACUACCCAGAUAUUCCGGCAGAAUCAGGACAAGGUGCAUCAGUGCUGGGACAAGUUGACCAAGUCCGAGCAGCUGGCGGCGGAUAUGGUGGACAAGAUAAUGAUAACAACGAGGCGCGUAGAGCAGCUGAAUGACAAGCUUCAAGGUCACAAAGCAGCCGUGGCGAAGAAGAGGCAGCUAUGUGAUGAGCUGCGUGAAAUCACUGAGUUCAGCAGCUGUCGUCUUGCGAACUACGCCAAAAAGUCGGAAUGGAAUGCCUACCACACAGUCGAGAUGGACAGGAGGGUUGCCGGAAACACUGAGCAGAUUGAAGAGUUAAAGCAAACGAGAGGAACUUUGCAUUCUCGUCUGAGGGACAUCCUUGUGGAACUCAAGAGCGUCAAAAAUCAGCUGGAGGACGCUGAUGAAAGCUGCCUCUAUAUCGAGAAAGUCAGGGGCAGAUUCGAGGAAGAACAGGAAGAAGAGAUUCUGAGUCUGAAGGCGGCCAUCAAAGAGGCGUAUGUCACCAGGAACACAAUGAUGUCCUUCAAGCCAGACGCAAUGUCGAGUGCCGUCCAGCAACUUCUGCCUAGUGAUGAGGAGUAUGAACAACUGAUAGCAGAGACGGAGGAUCUCACCAGCAAGAGCUCCACGCUGAAGAGUCGGCUUCAAGAACAGUCAAAGGAGAUGCUUUUGUAUCACUCGAAGAAUUAUGAGCUGUCUAUGAAGAUCAAAGAACUCGCCGCAGCUCUCAAGGAAGAGCGACAGAAAUCUGGUUGGUCCACAGACGUAAAUGCACAUGCGCAAACAUUGCAGAAGCCUCCAAUCACGUGGUUCGAAGCUCCAAUCACCAGCAUCGAGGCAGUGAAGGACUACCUCAUCCGGGAACACGGUCGGGGGAAUGAAACGAGAGUUGUAGAGUAUCUUGAUAUGAAGGCAAGGCGAGCCACAAGAUGGCACUCACAGAUGUUUGAGAAGGAUUUUACAGAUUAUGACAAAACAUUAGAGAUCUUGGCAGAGAAAGGCUGGAACACCGCCGGUAAAGAAGAUCUACAGGCCAAGGAUGGCGGAGGUACCGAGGAGAAUGCCCAGAAUGUACCCACAGUUGCCCCGGCCACCGACAACCAAGCGGCUCAGCCUCUCACAGAGUCCGAGCUCCAGCUCUGCGCAGCGCUUGUGCACGAUGGUCGAGCGACUCAGGCCCGUGUAGAUAACAUUGAUAACCGGGCACCUGUCAAUACCAACACUCCUCGCACGAGAUUCAUGCGCAGACUGCAGAGGCUGUUUAGACGAUAGGGAGUAUUGUAGUAGGUAGAACUGUUGUCAGUGAGUAUGAGUGUGGAGGCAUGGUGUUGGCUCUGGACAUUGUAGCUGGGCAUUCAUCUUGGAAAGUAUUUGUGAAUUGUACGUUGUCAAAGUCGCAUUCAUUAAAAGAAUUGUGUUCACUUUU